ACUAACACAACUUUUCCUUGAUGAACUCAAGGGCAUUGUGAGUGAGGGGAACCCUGUGAAGAAAUACACUGUACAGCAGCAAAUUGGCCAAGGGGCUUUCGGAGCUGUUUUCCGAGGAGUUGACAUUGCCACAGGAGGACAGGUGGCCAUCAAGAAGAUUUUUCUUCGCGACAGAAAGAACAAAAGGGAGCUUGUUGUAACUGAGGUUUCACUCCUGAGUAGCAUGAGGCACCCCAAUAUCAUUCGCUAUAUAGACAGCUACCUUUUCAAUGAAGAACUCUGGCUGGUGAUGGAAUAUGUGGAGGGAUGCACCUUAGCUGCUGUGGUUUCCAUACAAGCUCUUGAGGAAGAGAUGAUAGCCUCUAUCAGUCGGGAGUGCCUGAAAGGACUGGACUUCCUUCAUUCAAAUCGAGUGAUCCACAGAGAUAUCAAAAGUGACAAUAUUCUUCUUGGAGUGGAUGGAUCUGUGAAAUUGAUUGAUUUUGGCUUCUGUGUUUGGCUUCAGCCCUGGAGGAAGAAACGGAGUGUCCGUGGAACGCUCUCAGUCAGGCACCAAGGAAAUCGGCUUGUGGUGCAGUUCGUCGUGUGCUCGUCGCAGGGGAGUCUUCCAAUUGAGGAUUUCUCAGCGGAGAGCUUGCGAACGGGCGUCCCAGACGAGUUUUCAGAUCGAGGAGCUCUCAGUGGAGAGCCUGCAAACUAGAGAGGGGCUUUCUUUUCCCUCCCCCAAGGGGCUGUGCCCCUUGGACUGCAGCACAGCUUUGCUGAAGUGUUUUGGCAAAUCUGUGCUGCAGUUCAUGAUUUUGUGCUCGUUUCAUCAAAUAUAUAUAUGCUAUUAUAAAGAUGCUAUAAUAAAGAAAAAGUUCAGUUGUUAA